AGAGCUGGGCUUGCCGCGGUCGCAUCCUCACUCUCCCUCAUUCGUGUUGUGUUGACUUUGAAGUUAAGAGUCCAGCGUCUAUACACACACACACAAAAGCGGACAUGGGAGGCAUUUACUCCAAACGGAAAGAAAUCGAAGGAAAACUGUUAGGAGAAUUACCGAAAGAUGCUCGGUUCAUGCUACAAGAGCUAGUUGACACCGAAGAGAAGUAUGUGACAGACUUGACACACUUGUGUAAGCAUCAUUUGGUGUUGUAUCGAGAUGGAAAGGAUGUUCCUACUGCUAUCCGUGGCCGGGAGCGAGACUUGUUUGGGAACAUUGAGGGUUUGAUGCUCUUUCAUCGCGAUAUCUUCCUACCAAAAAUCAGAAUAUGCUUGAAGGAGCCCGCUGAAGUUGGUGCAUGCUUUGCUGAUCAUGUUAAGGAUUUGAAUCAGUACUCUCAGUUUUUUCAAGAUACAGCGCAUCAAGAUGAGUAUUUCACUGACACUACAGUAAAGGAGUUCUUUCAGCAAAUUACAACUAGACUAAACGAUGUUAUGAAUCUUCAAGGCUUUCUAAUGAGACCCUUUCAGAGACUUACUCGAUAUCGACAGCUUUUGGAGGGUUUAAUAAAGCAUAUGGAUUCUGUUUUGGAUGAGAAAGGGAAAGAAAAUCUGAAUUUUGCAUUGAGGUUGGUGAAGUAUCAGUUGCGCCACAGCAAUGACUUGAGAGCAUUGGCUUUGCUGAAGGGCUUUGAUGGCAAUUUGGCAGAACAAGGCACUCUUCUUCUGCAGGAAGAGUUCUUUGUUACUGAUGGCAAAUCGAACAGAAAGCCUCGUCGUGUCUUUCUCUUUGACCAAACUGUCAUUAUUGCUAAACCAGUGGGAGACAUGAAUGCUCCGUUUUUUAAGUAUAUAAAAGUAGCAUGAAGAUGAGUGACAUUGGCUUCACGGAAUCAGUUGAUGAAAACCGGUGCAGGUUUCUUCUGUGGUAUAGGAAACAGAAGAGCAAGAACACGGUUAAGUUUGAGGCAAAGAAGGAAGAUAUAAAAGUGGAGUGGGUGAAUGAAAUUCGGAACCUACUUGAAGCUCAAGCGAUGCAACUAAGAGAACGCUAUUCCGCCCAGCGGAGUGUGGAUGGCUCCUCGCCUGUCCAAGGUGUGGUUAUAAAGACAGAUGUAAAAACUACACGCCGAACAAAGUCUGAAGACUAGUGAUUGAUCUUGCACUGUUAUCUGAAAUUUGGCCAAUAAAUUGAACGUUUUAGUUACAUUUAAUUGGAAUGAUUAGAGUGAGAGAUUGACGAAGGCAGAUAACCCACUACUGUAACUAAUCAUGUUCAAACUUUUAUAGUAUUAUGUCAUAGAAAAUAGCAGUUGCAAAUGAAUACAUGAUGAUGAUGAUAAGAGAAACUUAGGCGUUGUUGGU